CCGACGAUACGCUGGCGUAUGGAAGAUUUUAUUUUUCUUGGCUGUAACUGUCCCACGUACGAUCUAGCCAUCAACCAUCCUUACUUACCUCAUUCUGCUCCUUUGUGGCUUCUGCUCAUUCAUCUAAUAUCAGCCAUACAAGUCCGAAGGAUGAAGGAACCGGAAAAAUCGGGUUGUUAAAUCACGUGACCACGAGAGCGGGCUAAUUUACAUACGGCCCUCGGACAAAGUUGGUCGGGAACGGAUUCGGGACAAAGGGAAGUGGGCAUGCGGAUGGGUGUAAUACAAGAUGUUAACAACGUAGGGAUCUAAACCAUGAUGAAAGCCACUUAAGGAUGAACGGUAACAAUAGGCAGGCCAAUGUGCCUUUGGCCAUGCCCGGAAAUGGCGCCCACAAUCCACAGCCUGUAGCAGGAAGCCCAGGGCCUAUCACAUUUAACGGGCGGGAACCGUGGAUGAGAGGACAUCUCCCUGGACCUCCUCCGCCUUAUCCCAUGAUGAGUGGGCCUUCUGAAUAUUCAUUUGUUGAUCCGGCCAGGUCUUCGUCUUACCCUCAAAGAAUAGGGGCCCCUCCUCCUCCUCAUUCAUUUAUUCAACCAUCGUCGCAGUUGGAUCCUCACGGACAGAACGUGUUUACUAAGUAUGCUACUAGUAGUUCAGGUUAUGUUACAUCGCAGUUCCAAACAAACGUGCCCUUAACAUCAACCAUAGCAUACCAUUCUCCAGGCCCUCCUUACCACAACGCAUUUCAAAAAAUUAACCCAGAAUCAAUGAGGCCAAUAUCAGCUUCUGAAAAUACGGUACCUGUGACAAGUCAGGAGAUGGUAGUAGAAGGAUUGAGAGCUCGUCUUUUCGACAAAAAUUCUAAUCCAAUUUCGGCCAACACAAGUGACGCAUCAAGUCCAGGACCUGCGUCAUCAGAUGGAAUAGGAAAUGUUGGCUACAGACCCUGGGAGCAAGGGAGCGGACAAGGACAACAACAGAGCGAGAGUUCACAGGAAUCUCAUCAAGAAUCUUUAAGGAUUCCACUUUCUUCUCUUGCACAGCAGGAAGACACAUCUUUACCAGCGAGCAGAGAAUCUGACGACAGUGCUUCACAAGAUCGAUUUAGACAAGGAACAAACGAAAAAUUAACUUCUCAUUCUAGAGAACAGACUGGUCCAUCUUCUAGACCGUCGUCACGUUUUUCGUCGUCACCUGGACUAGAUAGUCGAUCCCAGCAGGACUCUUGGUCACAGAAUGAAAAAAUUCAAGAGGCAAUUGAGAGAGCCAAUUCUUAUCAGUCUCAUUCUCAUGCUCAACCCAUGGGUUCAUCAGGGCUUGGAGUAUGUGCCAAUUCACCACAAGCUAGUAUGACUUUUCCACAUUUUGGAAAUUCAAAUACACUUCGCUACCCUUCACCUCAAAGUUAUAUACACCAUCCUGGACAUCAGCAACAGAUGUUUCAACACGGCGCCAAUUCUGUUAUUCCAAGCCCCAAACAUAUGAAAAUCGAGCCAGACUCUUCCACUCCUGAUAGUAGAGGAAUUGUUGAAAACUCCUUUCAAGUGCCUUCUGUUUCUUCCACCACUCCAAGGCAAGUUCUUCCACCUAUAUCAGGCCAAGCUGAGCAGUGGGAAACAACUAACACUGCUAGUCUCCCAUCACAAAUUCCCGCUAUUCCUGAAGCAACAGAAAAGCCAAAAAAGAAACGAAAACGUUGUGGUGAGUGUCCUGGAUGCCUGAAAAAGGACAACUGUGGCGAAUGUGGGCCAUGCAAGAGUGUUCGUAGUCAUCAGAUAUGUAAAAUGAGAAAAUGUGACCAACUCAAGACCAAGAAAGAAAGAGCCUCCGGCGUUACAUCCGUCAGUAUGAUGAAAGAAAGUCCGAAAGCUGUUCAACCUGCCGUGGAGGGUAUGGGACGAAACGUUAACGGUGUUAGUCCCUUAGUUUUCUCAGGACAGCAAGGACGAGAGCAACAACUUAGUCCAUUGGGAAUGCCAAGGAUGCAGCCAUAUUUGGCUCCAAACUAUAACAUGGAAGUAGGGCAGAAUCUACCUCCACCACAAGGAGAAAAUCAUGUAUUUGAACUGGGUUCACAGUAUGGUAGUUUUCACCAGAACCCACCUCGCUUAUUAGCUCCUUAUAAUGGGCAUAUGCCUCCAGCUGAGAUGGGCGAUGGAAACCCAUUGUCAGCUCCUUCUGUGACCAAAGAAGGGAUGAAUGGCUCGGGAAGACAUCGGUUUAUGAAUAAUCGACUAAAAUCAUUGAUUCAGAGUCGUCAAAACCAGAAAGAACAAGCAAUCCCUAAUUCAGGAUGUACAGAACCAUAUCAGCAGGGAUCUUCGGGAAAUCCCAGUGAUCAGCUAUAUUCUGACAACCAGUCAAUGUCUCCUUCUCCAGCGAACAACCAGAACUUUCCUGGGGGACAUGCUUCAUACAUGGUGUCUCCCGCUAUUAUGUCUCAACCAUUGCCUCCCAUUUCAGAUGCCAUGCGACCCUAUGUCCACGCAGGAGGAGGAAUGUCUCCAUUGUGGCAGACUGACAUGCCAACAAGAGCAGAUGGAAACACUCAGCUCUCAAGAAAUGGCCCACCAAAUGAACUAUCAUUUUCAAGAGAUACAAAUCGAGAUAAUCCAGAAUGUGCUCCAAAAGAUUCACAACCAGCAGGAUAUCAGGGCACCGUGAGUAAUCAGCCCCAUCCAUUAAAUGGGAUGAGCUACAAUGCUUAUUACAACGAAGAAGCUAUACAGCAAGAGGGUGAAACUAACAAGCCUCAACAUCAACAUUCAGUUCAUCCUGGUGGUUUGGCCCCUAAGCAGUGUUCCCCAUCCACUUAUCCACCAUCAAGUGUUGAACCUCAUUCACAUCAGUUCACACAACCAUCUAUUCACGUAUCAUCUUAUAAAGGACAAACUGCAAAUUCUGAUGGAAUGUUUUCCCAUCAAGUAUCAACCUCCUCACUAGCUGAAGUAAGACCAGUGUCCGAGAGUCCCAGCAGUAACCAUCAAGGGGAAACCUUGUCGCCAGCUUCUGGGAACAACAUGACUACAGCCGGCGGUACAGGAGGGACUUCUGCCACUGAGGAGACCAUGGAGUCACAGCCUUUUUUAUCGAAUACGACCACAUCUAUGAAUACAUAUACAAAUAUUAUCAAUACAUUUAACUUCACUUCACCUGCACCUUUUUUCUCACCAUUCUACUCUCUGUUUUCCCCAGCUUUUGGUGUUACUACAUCAACACCCACUGUGAUAACAGAAGCUGAUUCUCUCUCAUCCAGUUUUCCCAGUAAGAUGCAGGAAUCUAACAGUGUUAUGUCUGUAACAAGGGGGGGCCUUGUUAUGUCAGACAUAGAUAGUGGUCGUAUCGAUGGCUCUUAUGGACACAAUUUAUAUAGUAGUAAUAUUGAUGGCCUCCCCUCUUCACUUACUUUUUCUAAAGAUAUGGCAUAUACCAUUGUAAAUCAUCCCAUAUUAAUUGAUCCCACUCCUUUAACCUAAGCAAUAACCCCUUUCGUAACCUCGUUUGGCAAUAACUUUUCUUUUCAAAACAUUUAAGUAUACCAGCAACAAGGUAGGGCACUGUUGUUGUCGUCGUUCAUGGUCAGCUGUGUCUCGUUAUCUUACCGAGACAAGGCAGGACAUGGCAUUCUGUGGAGUUCGGGAUGAGGAAAAAAAAUUGUGCCAAAAUGGAAUUGUGGAUGUUCACAUGUGUUUGGUAUGCUCAUUAGCAUACUUAUAAGAGGUAGUUUCUAGAAGUUUCCGGAAUAGAAGCGUGUUUUGUGUGUAACAGGCAUAGUUUUUAGUCCUAUAGAAAUUGCAUUUAAAGUUAUUGUUUAGUUACGUAUUUGAUAAGUUUUGGAUCCAGUCAUAAUACCACCGUUUUAUUGGGCAGAUGUUGUGAAAGAAAUUAAUCCAGUUUUCUUUUCUUUCGUUUUUCCUUCAUUGACUUUAUCACGGGUAUUUCAAAGUCUGCAGCCAAAAAUCUUAAAUGCAAGUUUAUUUUUACUCGUGUCCUGUUUGUGACAUUUAUUUUCUUUUGUUAUUUUUUUUUCUACCUCAGUAAUUAUUCUGUACUCAUGACACGACUAACUGGAAAAUUCACCGACUGCCUGUUUAAAGGUCACAUGAUAACAGAAUUGUAAAGUUUUUGUUGUUACUCAGGGACAGUGGGGGCUUGUUCGAAGUUACCGACAUAUUCUUAAGUUUUUAUUAUUGUAUGAAAUACAUCAUUUCGUAUGAAAUGGCUCAGAGAAAUGUGCCCCAAGAUUGUGCCCCACAUUAUGAUCUGACACUUUUUUGAUUUGUCUUUUAGUAUUAGCUUGUACGUGUAUUAAGACUUUAAUUUUUUACAGAUGUAUAAUGAAUAUUCUUUAUCUCAGCGUUUACACUGAUGUGCCAUAAUGUCUGACUCAACAAACUUAUUUGUGAACGGUGUUCAAUACAAAUAAAGCUGAUAAAUAGA